AGUCUCACGGCCGAUAUAAUUCGAUAGAGAGGCGCUUGUUUUAUUUUUUUUAUAUAUAUUUUUUUUGUUUGUUUUCUUUUUUGUUGUUGUUUUUUGUUUAUUUACCUGAAAUCAAAGUCUCCCGGGUUCCACCUUUGCAGCUCUCUUUAGUUCCACGCCGUAUCUUUCUCCACCCCUUCUAGCGUAAAGCCCUGAACGUCACAUUCCCUCCCCUCCCCUUAGCAACAGAGGCAACAUGGCGGCGUCCAGUAACGCGGAGCAUUCUCCAGAGAUAUCGACGCCGUUAAAGAUACCGAAAACCGAGGUGCCAUCUCCUGAGUCGGAAGAUUUGAGUGACAGUAAUCAAUACCACUCCAAUCCCUCGACACCUAACCGCUUCUCGCCUUUGAACGUGGGCUCAGGGACCGCGGGCCGGACGGCGGCCUCAUCGUCCUCCAACAGCUUCACGGCAUGCCGGGGGAUGUCGUGGACCCCGUCGGAGACAAACGCCCUCAUCGCGGUCUGGGGCAACGAGAGGCUGACGGAGGCGAGGAUGCAGCAGCUGGAGGUCGCAGGCACCGUGUUCUCCGGUAAGGCCCCCGGUCCUGCCAUGUACGAGCGGGUGUCCAGAGCCUUGUCGGAGCUGGGAUACGAGAGGACCCCCUCCCAGUGCAGGGAGAGGAUGAAGACACUCCGGCGUUGCUACAGCCGUGUAAAAGAGCAUGGUAUUGGCAAAAGGAAGAGCAGCUACACUAUAGAGCAGCUGGAGAAGGUGUUUGGUCAGGGAGGCUGGGACUCCCAGAGCUGUGCCCCGGUGCUGAUCAACAGCAGUGGGCUGUAUCAGGAGAUGGAGUCUGAUGGCAGCACUCUGGAAGACUUCUCCCAAGAGGACUGGUGCAACCAGGUGCUAGACUCAGCUUUCCAGGAGGGAGACAUGGAGACUGAAGAAAUCCAGGUGCCUAAAAACAGAGCUCUACAGAUUCAAGCAGAGCUGUCAGAACAAACCCAAAAAAGGGACAUGAUGCAGACUGUGAUGCGUAUCCUUGAGUCAGUGGAGCUGAAAUGGGAGCACUUCCAAACGUGGACUGAGUUCUCACGGCUGCACCUCUCCAACAAACUGGCCAUCUUUGGUGUGGGCUACAACACACGCUGGCGCGAGGACGUGCGUUAUCACUAUGCUGAGAUCAGCUCGCAGGUGCCUCUGGGUAAGAGGCUUCGCGAGUACUUCAAUCCAGAGAAGCCAGAAGGGCGCAUCAUCAUGACCAAAGUUCAAAAGAUGAACUGGAAGAAUGUCUACUACAAAUUCCUGGACAUAACCAUCAGCGAGGCACGCUGCCUGGAGCUGCACAUGGAGGUGGACUGGAUCCCUGUAUCCCAGUCCAAAGCAGCAGGCUGCAGCAAAGGCACAUCCCACUACCUCCUUCCUGGGGACAUCCCCAAAGCGUAUGGACUCUAUGCUAUUGGCUAUGAGGCUGUGUCGUCCUCUAACGACACCGCUCAGACCUCUUCCCAGGGUGACAGUGAAGACCACAGCUUACCUCAGUGCGACUCAGAAAAUGGGGCUCAAAGUCAGGCUGAUGGAGAAAGAGCAGGACAGGGUGACAGGACUGGCGCCAUAGUGACCUACUGCUACUUAGGCAUAGCCGAGGACAGGACCAUACAACAGUGUCUCUUCCAGCACUUUCAGGGUUCUGGUAAACACUACAUCCACGGUGAACCCUCUGCUGUGACGCGUUUCCUGCAGGAGAACUGCCGCAGUGGUGUCACAAGUCAGGAUGGUGAAGGAGGUGAAAACUCAUCUCAACGUUUUGCCAUUUACAUAAAAUUUAUUGAGGUGGAGCUGGACUUCCUCUCAGCAGGGUCCCUGGUGGAGUGCCUCGAAACUGCUGUGGGCUAUUCCUUGAAAUACAACAACAAACAAACAUCAUAACUACACACUACAGCGGUGUUUCUGAUUUGUAUUCACUAAAUAUAUAAUUAACAAGUGUUACAGCCAGCAAGGCAACAUGAAAGGUGGCCAGUUCUGUUACAAAGCAUGGAUGUGUGCAAGAGUCUGGCAUAUUUUUGCAGUCUUUUCAGCUCUUUCAGACUUUUCAUUAAAUCCUAAUUAAGUCUAAAAAGAAUGACAGUGCACAAUAUGUCAAAUAUAUUGUGUAGAGACAGGGGAACAGUAGCUUAAGUAUUGCAGAACUGCAACAUCCAAGACGUAUGUACUUAUUAUUUUAGGCUAAUGUGCACUACAAAGGUUUCUGCUGCUUGUUAAGUGUAGAUAAAUAUUGCCUCAUCAGGGAGUGUGGGGUUGGCAAGGUGACUACUGCAGUAUGCAUCUGUCUACCUCAGUAGGAUGUAGCAAACAAGGCAGCGAGGGGACCAUAGCGUGUAUUUAUUCAUAAACUGCCUUUACUUUGACUGUUGAGGUCUGGACCUGAAUUCACAAAGCAUCUAAGAGUAACAGUUGAUUUAUGUCUUGUGUUUUGCACGUGUAACAGGGCUGCAGCUAGAAAUGCUUCUAUGCAAAUUAGGGACAAAAAGCAAAGAAUCAGUAUUGGCAGAUGUGGAUACCUGUUUAUCCUGCAGUGUGAAUGCUGGAUCCACGCUGUAACCCAACCGGCACAGUAGCAAUUUGUGCCUGUUGGGCUUCACUCAUUUUCAGUUCAGCUCCAGAAACAACACAUGCUGCUUAAGCCAACAUAUAACAAUGGCUCUCUGCAGCAAGUAAACAAAAGACCACAUGUACCAAUAGCAGUAGUGUGGAUAAUACAGAGUAAUGAAAUAUUUUCCACACAGCUUGUUAAUAGCUGAAUCUGAAUGGAAAAUGUUCUGUAGUGUCUUUGCAGUUACAAGAUACAGAAAGAUGAAAUUGAAGUCACAGCAUAUUUACCAGCUGCUGCUGUUACCCGCCUUUACCUUAUGUAAAACAAAAAGUGCCACAGCAGUAUGACCAAAUGGAGCACACUUUUAAGCUGUCUUGGUUAUGUGUAGCUCUCUUAUUGACCCUGUUUGUGUGAUCAUUAAUAGCUCUAAUGCACAUUGAAGUUUUGCUCCUACUCAAGUAAAAUCUGUUGUACACUGUAACACUGAAUUUUGACUUUGCUGUUGACAUUAUGAAUCUACUUAUUUGUUCUUGGUACCACAGUAUCAGCCAAAAUGAGAAAUCACUAAUAAUGCACUGUAGAGUAAAUAUACUAGACGCCAAUGCGUAUCAGUGGCCAGCACUUUGGAGCAUCUCUAGCUGCAGUUGUGGGGUUGUGUGUAUCGGUAUAUAUCUGUGUUGAUGAGUCACCAGCACCUUCCAGAUACUGGUGUUUCAAAUGCACUAGUCUUGCAGAUAACACACAAUCAGCAGGUGCUUGUGAUCAUCUGCUUGCGUGCAGGUACAAACCAGGCCUGAGAGCACUGAUCUAUGACUUCAUGUCAGGUUAAGACUAUAAGCUGCAGAGGUUAACUCACUUCUGACCAAUAAUCAAACUGAAUUGUUUAUGAACAUGAUUCCUGAGGUUAUGUGCAAUGUGCCAGGAAAGACUGUGUAGAGAAGAAUUAAACAGUGGAGAACUCCAUACUGAAUCUAUGUAUAUGAAAUCUACCUUAUAUAUCUAAAAUAUAUAUUUAAGAAUAUCAAUGUUCUUGAGCAUUCCGGCUUUUGCAAACUUGCAAUGUUCAUUUGUUUGGGUAUACAGUAUAUAAAGAUAAAUAUGAUAUUUUCUAUUUUAUUGGUUGACACAAUGUCUUGUAUGUGAUUGUUUUGAAGUCACUGUCUUGUAUGUUUACAUGUUUGAAAAACAAUAAAUGGGGCACUCACUGUCAUUUGCCACACAGUGGAAAUGGGUUUGUGUGUAUUUAU